UUCCUGGUGAGUUGAGGAAAUGGUUAAGUUUUAAUCUGUUUAAAAAUCCCAGUAGAAACAAACGCUGAAACAGACGUCCGCCAUGAUGCCUUCAUGGACCAGUCAAAUUUAUUCAGAUUAACUCAGAGUUUGUUUGGCAAGUCAGUGACUGGGUGAGUCAGUGACUGGGUGAGUCAGUGACUGGGUCAGUAAGGAGAAGGUUUUAUUGUUGUCUAUUCAGUCAUUUAUUUAUUAUAUAUAUUAUUAUUUUUGAGGUACAAUUUUCGACGUCCGUGAAGGCAUCACCGCUCAGUGGGCGUGUCCUCCACCAACAUGUCCGUGCAGAAGUUUUGAAACUAACUUUCCAGAAAAAGAACUUUCUUUCUUCUCUUUUUGGGACAGAAAUGCGUCUUUUAUCGAGUCGGAACGUGUCCAGUGACUCGGACAAACAUUUACGUCGCAGCUCAGUGUUUUUGUGCGCUUUCUUCAGUUUAAAUUUAUCGCUUUGUGGAAGUGAAGAAGUCGCUCCAGAGAAAUGUCUGGUCUCUGGGCCCGGGCUGAACCCCAAUACCGUGGUUCCGGUCCGGUUCUUUUACAUCCAGGCGGUGAACAAUCAGGGAGAAAACUUCACCUUCUCACCAGGUAGAGACACCUUCAAAGUGAAGAUCACCUCCCUGGAUCAGAAGGAGCACGUCCGCGUCCACGUGCCUCCUCCUCUGGACAGAGGGGACGGCUCCUUCCUGGUCCGGUACCGACUCUACACCACAGCCGUGGCAGGUCUGAAGGUGGAGCUGCUCCACAGGGACACUGCCGUGGCCGGGUCACCGUACACCGUCCAGGGUCCAGUCUAUCACGAGUACUGUGAUUGUCCAGAAGCGGACCCCUCAGUCUGGUACAGGUCCAUGCAGUGUCCCAGUGAAGAGGCCCAGAUCGUGGCCGACUUCAAGUCCUUCCCCUCAGUGGACCUGCAGCGUCUCAGACAGGAGGUUCCUCAGAGGUUCUCCAACAGAGGAGGACUAAUUCACUACACCAUCAUCAACAACAGACUGUACCGACGCACGCUGGGACGAUACACCGACUUCAAGAUGUUCUCCGAUGAAAUCCUGCUGUCGUUAACCAGGAAGGUGAAGGUUCCCGACGUGGAGUUCUACGUCAACGUGGGAGACUGGCCGUUGGAGACCAAUAUCAAGGACUCCGUUCCCAUCCUGUCCUGGUGCGGUUCCACAGACACCCGGGACAUUGUCCUCCCCACCUACGAGGUCACACACUCCACCCUGGAGACCCUGAGAGGAGUCACCAAUGACCUGCUGUCAGUGCAGGGGAACACAGGUCCUCCGUGGGUGAAUAAAUCGGAGUCGGCGUUUUUCCGUGGGCGGGACAGUCGAGAAGAACGUCUGCAGCUCGUGGCCUUGUCCAAGAAGAACCCAGAACUGUUGAACGCUGGAAUCACAGGAUGGUUCUUUUUCAGAGACCGAGAGAAAGAGGUGGGAAAAGCAGCUCUGGUCGGGUUCUUCGACUUCUUCAAGUUCAAGUACCAGGUGAACAUUGAUGGUACGGUGGCAGCCUAUCGGUUCCCGUACCUGAUGCUGGGCGACAGUCUGGUUCUGAAGCAGGACUCUCAGUACUACGAGCACUUCUACAUGCACCUGCGGCCUGGUACUCACUACAUCCCAGUGAGGAAGAACCUGUCGGAUCUCCUGGACAAGAUCAGAUGGGCCAAAGAGAACGACGCUGAGGCCCAGCGGAUCUCCAGAGCGGGUCAGACGUUGGCCCGGGAGCUGCUGCAGCCCACCAGACUGUACUGCUACUACCACAGGGUCCUGUCGACGUACGCCGACCGACAGAGGGGGCGGCCGUCCAGGCACCCAGACAUGGAGCUGGUUCCUCAGCCUGACGACCAGACGGCCGUCUGCUCCUGUCACCGUGGAAACCUCCGAGACGAACUGUGACGCUGUCUGUCCUCGUCCUCCCACGGUCCGAGGUUCUGACCCACAGAAGAACGCCUCCUCCAGGACCAACAACACUUGACGUUCUUCUGAGGUAAAGCCUGGUUCUUCACAGAGGCUCAGGUCAGAGGUCAGAGGUCAGGUGGAAUUUGUCUGUCCAGACCUUAUAUCAGUGUGUGUUUGACUUUUGUUUUCAAUGUGAAAAAAUACUUGAAGUUUUCAUCAAUUCCUUAAAGUGAGUCGAUAGUCGCUAACAACGACUGAAGCAUAAAACAAAUAAGAUAAAAGUAGUAAAAUGAGGUCAAAGUUAAUCCAGAUCAGAAGUAACUUGGUUCAUUAAAGCUAAAUAUUAGUUAAAAGGACUAGAUGAAAAGUUAGCCACAAACCAUGUUUAACAGUGUAGCACAGUAGCUAAAGGUUAGCGGUCAUGGGUGUACUACAGGUUAGUCAAGAUAAAAGGUCCUGGUGUCAGUCGAUGGUCAGACCAGGUGCUAACAGGUAAAAACAAAUGCCUUUUAAUUCUCAAUUCUACAAUCCAGGCCUUUCAAAAUAAACUGCACUUUUAUUUUGAAUAGCAGUGAUUAGUGCUCAAUACAAAUGUAAACACUGGGCUGUUGAAGAGACAACAGCAGAAACCUCACUUUAGUUUUUAUAUAAAUCAAACGUUUUUGUAAACCUCAGUUUUUUUAUUUGCCUCAUCUUUGUGUCUUUUUCAAAUUAAAAGAACGUUCCUGUCA